UAUCUUUACAUUGGGAGCAUCCACUUUCAGUGAUUAUGCUUGCAUUUUGCAACGUGCACUUGCGCGGGAUACGACCGCAAAAUGCGGUAAAUCAGGGAUGCAAAGUCAAAGUCAUAGCUCAAAUCCGCUGUUUUUGCCAAAAUAUGAGUUAGAGAACGAGCGUGUUGUAAACGAGCGUGUGUAACGUGCUCCUUCUGUGCCGAAGCUAGACGGCUUCGAAGUCUAGCCUGUGGUUUCGGCUUCCCACGUUUCAGGUCUGAAUGUCACUGGCCUCGGUUUUUGCUUCCAAAUUAUAAUUUUGGAAGCCAUUGGUUUCGGCUUCGGUUUUGGCUUCCUAUUACCGUCCUGGCUUCGGCACGGCUUCCAGCCCAACCCUGGCCGCGACAGACUUUGUGGCUAAAUGUGUAAUUCGAAUAUUUACAGGACCACGAUCGCCAUGCUGACCUACGUGGUGCAGCAACACGACAUCAACCGACUUGUGACUGUGAAGAAUAAGGGUGAUGUUUUGGCGGCCGCAAAAGAGGCGUUUUCUCUGUCUGGCAGUUAUUGCUUAGAGCUUUACCACAAGGAGUCCGAAUUGUAUGUUCGCAUCGAUAACCCAGUAGACGACCUACCAUGUGGCGGACGGAUUCGCCUUGUCCCCGUCCAAGUCUCCAGCCCACCAGUGUCAUUCAUCCAAAGAUGUCUCAGCACGGCCGACACCAUCCCCGUCCUGACGAUGACAGCUUCUCCUGGCGCCUUGGGAACUCCCUCCUGUUCCAAGGAUUCAGCAGUGAUCGAUGACCUUUUGGUGCCAUGCUCUUCCUCUGUGAGUUCUGCCGUCGGCGAAACGGCACAGGACCCGCUUGCUCUCACCGACGGCGGGACCAGUGACAACGAGUCCAGCAAGGACGCCGGGACCAGUGCGAGCCGGCAGGUGUUCGUCCUGGACACGAAAGCGCUUCCACCAUCCGUCCGCGAGACUAUGGAAAACGGCGGUGACCACAGCAAAGGAGAGCGAAGAGACAUAAUGGCUGCUGUGUAUGAACAGUACACGAAGACGUGUCGCAGCAGGUACCUGAACAACGUAGACGCUAUCGCAGCUGACGUCGCAGAACAAUUCCCUGGGUUCGGGAAAGGACUGCGGCUGUCGGACCGGCUGAAACUUGUGAAGGAGUCACUGAUCAAUAAGUUCAAGAAUAAGAGGAAAGCAUGCGACGACCUCGAGGUUCAGCAGCGCAAGAAGACACCGAAGAAGCUUCCCAACUUCCUCCCAGACAUCUCCCGUGUGGACGGGAUGAAGGUGCACGAGUGCGUACUCGACAUGAAGAAGGGCACUCUCAACGAAAGCCAGGUGCAGGAAGCGAUGAAGAUAACUCUCCCAGACCGGCGUCGGAUGCUGGCCGGUGUCAAACGCGCAAGAAAAAGCAUCGCAGGAGUGAAAGCCAAGUAUCCACUGCUUUUUAACGAAAAUGAGAUAUGGGAAGAGUAUGCGCGACUGAAGUCGGACGCUCGGGGCGGCAAGGCCGUCCAGGCUGAUGCACUACGGGAGCUCAAAAAAGUUCUUCGCAACGUACCCGGCCACGACGCCGAAGGUCUGGUGGCCUCCCUGAAGGAACUGGAAACAGUUUUUGUAGAAGAGGAAGGACAUCAUACAUACCCCGUGAUCGUGCGGCGGGGUGGUAGUGCUGCCCUCUUCGUGGAGGGGGUGCACUGCGCCGCCCUCAGUGGGAGCGAGGAGCUCCAGCUCCUCACGUGGGCGGUAUCGUUUUCCGUGUUCUGCCAGCCGCUCUACUACCUUGGCAUCAAGAACACGGCCACUUUCCUGGCGGUAUACGUAGUACAUUCCGACGUUAAGAAGGAUGUUCCGACGGCGCUCCAGGCCGUGCUCACUAAACUUCUCCCAGCCGGCGAGCUGCAGCACUGAGCGAGAGAGAGAGAGGUCCUGGUUUCCGACUCAUUCGCCGGUUUUUCAUUGACUGCGGUCGAACUGGACGAGGGCGUGGUCCUGUCACGCCCCACUGCCACAUCGCCUGCCCAUUAUUCGCCCUUCAUGGGAGCCACGGACGUUGCUUUGAUGGCGGUGUAUAUGUGACAGGGCCCACUGCCACAUCGCACAGUGGGCCGGGCGGCCGCCAGGAGCGCUGGAAAUUAUUUGCGCUCGAGUUAUCGUUCAACUGACUGUGAAAACAUUUCAUUUACAACGUUUAGCGAGAUACCACACCAAUAAGAUGUAAAUUCAAGACUUCUAAUACCAUGCAUGCAUGCAUGUUGCAAUUUGCAUACACUGCACUUAGUUUACUGAGGAGUUCAAAAGGCGUCAUUCCUGGUAAGAUUUUAACACACUUCCCGGCACUCACAGUUUCUCCAUUAAUGACCGACACAUGAAUUGGUCAAGGAUACAAUCUUCUCUCUCUCUCUCUCUCUCUCUCUCUCUCUCUCUCUCUCUCUCUCUCUCUCUCUCUCUCUCUCUCUCUCUCUCUCUCUCUCUGUC